GGUUGGACUGGAUUGUUACAAUGACUGGAUGAAGAUGAUGAUCAUAAUAUCGCUGUCCAUUACUACAUUCAUCAUAGUCUUCAGUGUGUCCCCUUUCCCUUUCGCAGCUGGAAUAUCCACUCCCCAUGAGUUGGACCUUUUGACUGCGUCUAGUGAAGUCGUGAGAGACGUUUUGCAAGCUGCCCCAAGAGGUGGCAGUUCCAUCAUUUUGAUAACAGAUGGCAGCACCUCAUCCGAGGGGUUUCUAAAGGUCAUCGGUGACCUGAACUCCUCCUGGGGAACGACAGUCUUAGAAAUACCCCCGGGCAUCCAGGAAGCCAACAAGACGAGAGAAUAUCUUUCCGCCGCCAUUGCAGAUGCAAGGAGGGUACGACAAGCUUCCACGGACGUCACCCUAUUGGUUAUUACGGAUAACGACGACUUCUUAACGAAUUUUGCCGAAGUAUGCGACGACGAACGACUUUUGGUGUGGUCGUCGAGACUCCUACUUGUGACGAACUUGGACCGAGAGAAGCUAGACCAACACAUGGAGAGAUAUUGGGUUUUCUCCAUGAUGAACACGAUGGUCUUGGUCCUUAACUAUGAUUCCCAAUACAGCAGGCUGAAGAAGGCUGAUGUGAUAGCAUAUCUGCCUUAUCGACCAGGCGAAAAUAUAGUACAAGUUGCUACAUGGACACCGACGAGUGGAUUAAAGCACUCUUCGAUAUACCAGAUGUUCCCAGAAAAAUAUUCAAACUUCUUCGGAUCAUACAUGAACGUGACCUGCUGGCCUUUUAUGCCCUACUUCAUGUCAAUGGAGGAGGUCACGGGAGAAAGCAGCCUCUCAGGAGCCUACACUGGAAGGGAUUACAUCAUGCUGGAGACUCUGGCUUCUAUUCUCAACUUCACCAUCAACAUUCUCCCUGUUGAAAGCUGGGAUGAGAUGAUGCUAAAAGUCGUCCAGAGGGUGUCCUUCAUGUCCCCCAUGAAGAUGUCCAUCCUUCCGCACCUCCUGAAGGAUAUGGACUUCAGCAUCGCCUACGAACCAGAGACCCUGACGUUCGCCAUGAAGAAGCCCGAACUGAAGCCUCGAUGGCAGAAUCUGUAUUAUCCCCUCAACAAUUCGGUCUGGGCUUUGACGCUCGCUACGGUGGGACUGAUGCCGUUUGUGCUAUUUGUUAUCGACAGACUCAGGCACGAUUACAAAUCCAGGCCGUGGUCAAGCCCUUGGCUCGUAGUCCAGGAGACCAUUGGCACGUUCUUGGGUCAACCGCCUUCUCCCACUGUCCCUAACAACGAUUCCUUUAGGAUCCUGAUGGCAGCUUGGGUCCUAUUCACUUUCCUCAUGGGAUCGGCCUACCGGGCCAAUCUCACGGCGUUCCUGACCCUCCCGAAAUACCCGCCCAGGAUCGAGACUCUGAAGGAGUUCAUUAAAGCGGAAUCUAUUAUGUUAAUACCGCCAGAUACGGUCGACUUCUAUAAUGGUUUCAAGCAGUCUCCUCCUGGAGACCUGAGAACCUUGAGCGAAAGGAUGUUUUUCGUGACGGAUAUAAGUGAAGGAUUCCCAAGAGUCCUUAAGGAAAACGCUGCUUACAUGUAUGAGAGACGGAACUUGGAGCUGAAUAUCGCGCGGUAUUACACCAGCGAAGACAACAGCUGGACGCCCUUGUACGUGGCCAGGGACAACAUCUGGCCCGGGUCAUCUGCCUGGCCUAUUGUCAGGGAUGCCCCUUUCAAGCCCACACUUGAUCGUCACUUGCGUCGGUUUGUGGAAACAGGACUCCUCUACAAAUGGGACCAAGAGAUAGUCGACCUCUACAAGAGAGCAACGCGGGAAAGUCGACGCAAGAAAGAAACGGAAGAUCGCGAAAAGCACCGAUCCCCUUCGGAAGAACUUGACGUCGCACCGGGCAACGCUGUCAAGGACCCUGUGACGAAGGGCGAAUUCGCCAUCGGAAACGGAGGCGACGAGGGAGGCGAAAUCAAACCUCUUUCUUUAGUUCACCUUCAGGGACCGCUUUUCAUUCUGUUAUUUAUUCUGGUAUUCGCCGUGUUGGUGUUCGCUGUCGAGGUCUUCUUGGGAUGUCCCGGAGAAAGGAAGCUAUAAGGACGGUGUCCUCGCUCUGUCCGACAUUAUCUUUCUUUGGUGCUGCGAGGGAAAGUGAGUCAAAGCCUCUGUAAAAGGAAUGACUGAAUAAAACUAAAAGCAUCUGA